AUGGAUAUUGCGGCAAGCUACCAAAAGAAAUUCACGCGCCGCAUACUUUUCGAGGGCGCACAUUGUGUCGAAGCCGAACAACUUGAAGGAAUCCGCGCUUCCGACCCUGAGAUAUCCGCAAAUCCAUCCAAAGGUACCCUCAUCCACCAAAAACCGAACAGUACCACUAAUGACGGAUGCUCAGAACGCGGCAAAACUGCUAGUGACGAUGGAGGGGAACGUAACGAAUACGCCGAAAAAGAAACAGAGGGAAUCUGUGCAUGCGGGCCCGAGAUAUUCACAAGGUUGUCAGAAAGUGCCUCUAACCACGAAAACAGGCGUAUCUCGACAACGGCCGCACGGAACUUGACAAAAGAGGCAUCCCCAGAAAGGGCUAUGCAAGGGGGAUGGACUGCCGGAAACGCGAGAGGAACGGCGCUCGGAUGCGCAAGAUAUGACGAGAGAACCUCAAGAGCGGGGAGGAGAGCGGUUCGCACGGCAAUGGCAGGGACGAUCAACACAAAACUCCGGGAGGUGAUAGAGAACUCCUAG